AUGGCUCUCGGCGGCACCGUCCUUCGCUUUGGCCAGACAGGCCUGCGACUCCUCGAGUUCGCGUCCUCGGCCAUCAUUCUCGGCAUUUACAGCUACUUCCUGGCCGUGUUGGCCGACAAGAACAUGUACAUUCCACGAUGGGAGAAGGCUGUUGAAGGCAUGUCUGGAGCGGCAGUUCUGUACACCAUCUUCGGCGUCCUCUUCACCCUCUGCUUGGGGGGCAUCUCUGUCUUCGCACUACUUGCCGUCAUUCUCGAUAUCUGCUUUGUUGGCUGCUUCGCCGCCAUCGCCUACUAUACACGUCACGGCGCCAACAAAUGCAAGGGCUUUGUCAAUACUCCUCUCGGUGUCGGUCUCUCCAGCGAAGACGCUCCCGGCGCGGGUGACUGGGGCUAUGUCUGCAGCUUGAACACUGCAUGCUUUGCCAUGGCCGUCUUCAACAUCUUCCUUUUCCUGAUCACCGCUGGCAUGCAAGUGCUGCUGGCUCGUCACCACAAGAAAGAGAAACGCUACGGACCCAGCCCCUCAAACAACUACACCAAGGGCAUCGGCCGCCGACCAUUCUGGAAGCGCAAUCGUGCGACUCGAUCUACACGAGAUGCGGAAAUGGCGACAGGAACUGUUCCCACAGGCGGUUAUCGCCCCAGCCACGAGACUGGUAUGACCGGAUCGACGAUGCAUGGUAGCCAUGCGCCUGUCACCUCUGAGCCCAAGUAUGGUCAGCCAGGAUACGGCAUGCAAGGUUAUUCCGCUCCAGCGACCAAUUACUAG